UACUUGUGUAUAUACUUGUGUUAUAUACUUGUGUAUUUUCUUUUUUAAAGACUCUGGUCUUACCACCCAUGUCUGCCUAGUUUCCUGAAAAUACUUUGUGAGGAAAAUCUUAAGAAGAUAGCAUUGGCUUUUGUAAGAGAUUUCUUGCUUUGUAAACUUGCUAGUUAAGCAAGUGUGGACAAAGGCUGUUUUCAUUCUUCCUUAGUGUUUCAUAUAGUGAUUUACCCUGUGAAGUGUUGAAGUGUGUAGUUACCCUUCAGUGUCCAGUCUGGAGCAUGAUAACAGUGCCUGCUGGAAUGGUUUCAGUCAUUGAUUAUGUAGAGAGGGCUGAAAAUAGUGUUGAUAGGCCUCCUACUGAGUUCUCCAAGAUUGCCUACAUUGGAAUGACUAAGGCUUAAAAGUGGUCUCUGUGGCCCUUCUGGUCAGGAUGGUUUACAACUUGAAUUUUUCCACGAGUUCUUUUAGUACAAGGCAAAGCUUUCAGGUUUGAAUUUGAGAGAUAAGGGGUUUAUGGAUGGAUUGGAAUUGAAUGAAUUAAUUUAUUUUAAGGUAUUUUGAACACGUCUAAGUAGUCUGUUUUUUGCAGGCAAAAUGUGUUAGCUGGAAAUGCUGAAAGUAGGAACAUGCUGGAGAAGUCUUUCUGUGCAAGUAUCAGUCAUGGAGGAUUACAGAGGGGACAGUAGAGCAUUCAUUAUCAAAGCUGAAGGCAUUGCCCUUCUCUCUGUCUGUCCUGGUGUGACCUUUGUAAGGGAGUUGCCCUUUGCAUCCCUGCUGGUGGGGAGAGGCCAGCAAUUCAUCUGGUUCCAUCCCUGCUCAACAGAGUGCGGAAGGCAGGAAGGUUUUAAGCUAUUGUUGCUGUCCCAGGUAAUGUCUGUCCUCAGCAAAGCUAGACCUAACUCCUGGUGAGGCAACAGGCACGUCUGCUUGGUUAAGAUGCAGGUGAUUAAACAGAAAGGUGGAAGAAAUAUUUUCAGUUGACUAUGUGAGGAGAACUUACUUUAUAAAUGAAUUAUUGUAUGCAGGAGAAGUGAUACUGAUAAUGAGAACCUCUUGUUAUUCAGUUCUGAUGGUGUUUUCUCCUCUCACACCCCCAGGUCAUUGAUAUAUUAGAUGGUGAUGGUGCUAUGAGUGAUUGUGGAACUCUUUAGAUUAAAAAUUGAAAGAGGAGGAGGUUUUACUUUUGUACACUAGACAGUAAUUCAGGGUUUUUUUUCCUUGACAAUCUAAGGUCUUAGAGCUCUGUCCCCUGUAAAGUGGCUCACACAAAGUGAUAGCUAGAGUUUUGUUUUGAAAACUUAUGGAAAGAUAAAUGCUUCAAGCCAUAGCAGAGAAACAGUCAUAGAUAUAGGUGCUAGAAAUCAGUUCCUACUUAAAGCUCAAUUUAUUACUAAGCUAGGUUUCUAACGACUGCUCUAGAAUUAUCUUUUAUUAUAUUAAUGGACCUUGAAUUCAUUGUUGAAGUCAUCACUGGUCUGUUAGUCUGUAAUACUGUAGGAAGAGAAUGGCAUCCAUGAUGUUGGAGUGGGGCAGUGUUCCCACAUUCUAGAAAACGGUGUGUUAAGUCUGUUGUCUUUCUCCUGAAACUUGCUUUUAAAUUUGUUCUCCUUCACCCUUACCUGUUCCACUGAGCUCUAGCUUUUUCUCAGCUGUCUUGCAGACUUUUUCCUUAAUUUCAUCUGCCUUCUCAGGUGAUGCUUCACCUGCUUAUGAUGAACUAACACAUUCCUUUUUUAAAUGUUCAUUUCCUGCCUUGAUUCUAUUCUACUUUUUCUUUAAUUAGCUCCAGUCCUGGAAAUAGUUAAAGGAAAUGAAGAGAGGAAGCUAUCGCAAUGAGUUAUAAAGGGAUAUGGAAUAUAAAUGAUGAUAUAAUGGAAUAUGCAAAGACUCUUACAUAAUUGAUGGUCUUUCAAAACUGGAGAGAAUGGAUUUGUGUGUGCAAGGGUUCUUUUGAGACUAAAACUGGCAACUGAGGAGACCUUGGAAGGGGAACUAGAAUGAACUAGAGUAAGAGUGACUUUCUCACUGGGAAUGGUCAAACUCUUGUGACUCUUGAAUGUGUGUGUUUUUGAGGCAAUGAGGCAAAAUGAUUUUGGUAGUCCUUCCUUGGCUGCAUUUUAAGGUCCUUGGGUCCCCUUGAUGGGCUGAGAGGCACAGCUAAACCCUAUAACUACUAUGAGACACUAGCUUCUGUGAGUUUAGUAAAAAGUUACUCAGCAAAGAAGAGGUUGAGUACAUGUUAAUAAAGCUCUAUUUCCCUGAGGUGAUGAGUGGUUAAUUCCCAUGGUGGUGCUAUGAGGAGGGGAAGGUCUUGCCCUUUCUCUUUUCACAUGACUUGUGGUCUGCCUGCUUCCUUACGUCAACUGAAACAUUUUGAAUUAUCCUUAGGAUAUAUUCUAAAGCAAAUGAUCCCAGUCAUGGUCCAGUUUUCCUCACUCCCUUGCCCAGUCUGUCUGCAUCUCUUUUCACCACAGUCACGUUUGAGUAUAUAGACUCUCUGGCCUCAGAAGAGAUGAAAGUAUGGGAGAAUGGGAUGGAGGGGAGGAGGAAAAAAGAAGAUGGAUCAGCUGGUCUUGAACCUGUGGCUGUAAUAUGUUAGUUAACUGAUUUUUAUUCAUUUGUUGUAGGUAAAUUAGUUGCCAAUGUCCAGCACAGAAGGCCUGGAUGAUUGCCUGCAGCAGUAUGUCCACAAAUUUGAACGAGAGAAGAUAAAUGGUGAACAGCUGUUACAGAUUUCUCACCAGGAUCUUGAAGAUAUGGGUAUCACACGGAUUGGACACCAGGAACUGGUUUUAGAAGCUGUGGAUCUCCUGUGUGCACUGAACUAUGGGCUUGAAACAGACAAUAUGAAGAACUUGGUUCUCAAGCUGCGCGCGUCAUCCAACAACCUGCAAAAUUACAUCUGUACCCGUAGGAAAAGCUCUAAUUAUGAUGGGAAUACUUCACGCAAGCCCCCCAAUGAAUUCCUUACUUCUGUGGUAGAGCUUAUUGGUGCUGCUAAGGCCCUGCUUGCAUGGUUGGACAGGACCCCAUUUACAGGUAUUGCUGACUUUUCAUCAAUGAAAAACAGAAUCAUUCAGCUCUGCUUGGAUCUUACUACUACUGUUCAGAAGGACUGCACUGUGGCUGACAUGGAAGAUAAAGUUCAGACUGUAUCCAAGGCUUUAAAUGGAAUUUGUGAUAAAGCCAUCCGAUCAACUACAGAUCCAUUGAUGAGCCAAUGUGCAUGUCUGGAGGAGGUUCAUUUAACCAACAUUAGACCUGGGGAAGGCCUGGGUAUGUACAUCAAAUCAACUUAUGAUGGAUUACAUGUAAUUACAGGCACCACAGAAAAUUCUCCUGCUGAUAGAUCUCAGAAGAUUCAUGCUGGUGAUGAGGUGAUCCAGGUUAACCAACAAACUGUGGUUGGGUGGCAACUAAAAAAUCUUGUGGCAAAAUUGCGAGAGAAUCCUGCUGGAGUGAGGCUGCUUCUCAAGAAACGUCCAACUGGCUCUUUUCACUUCACCCCUGCUCCACUGAAGAACCUGCGCUGGAAGCCACCCUUGGUGCAGACCAGUCCUCCACCAACUUCAACCCAGUCUCCAGAAAGCACAAUGGACACUUCAGUGAAAAAGGAGAAGCCAGCCAUUUUGGAUCUGUACAUACCACCUCCACCAGCUGUUCCAUAUUCUCCUCGAGAUGAAAAGGGGAGUUUUCUGUAUGGAGGAGGCAGCAAACCCAGUCAUCCAUUACUUGGAUCCAAGGGUGCCGAAUCUCCCAAUUCUUUUCUGGAUCAGGAAAGUCGAAGGAGAAGGUUUACUAUUGCUGAUUCUGAUCAGCUGCCUGGAUAUCAUAUGGAAGCAAAUAUACUGCCAGCCAAGAUGAGAGAAAAAACACAGUCAUAUGGAAAACCUCGUCCCUUAUCAAUGCCUGCUGAUGGGAGUUGGAUAGGAGCUGCGGAACCCUUCUCAAGGCCACGAGCACCAGGAAGAAAAGGCAAGAUUUUAGGUGAAGAUGUCCUCUGCAGGUACUUCAGUAAUGAAAGGAUACCCCCAAUCAUUGAAGAAAGUCCCUCCACACAACACCCGUUUUCAAGGCCCAUGUCUGAGAAGCAGUUAGUAAGGGGAAUGGAUUAUAUUCGAGGCAGCAGGUGUUUUAUGAAUACAGACCUCCACAACAGUGCAACAAUUCCUUUUCAAGAGGAAGGUGCUAAAAAGUCCUCUGUUACAUCAUCCACAAAAUCUUCCUCUGCAGAGCCCUCGCUACUGGUCAGUUGGAUAACAAGGCUUAAAUUGUUGACUCAUUGACUAUUGAUCACAGGAUGGUUACCCAAGUGCCUUGGUUCAUCAGUCAGACUUCUCUGCUUUUCAGCUUAACUGAUGCAUAGCGACUAAUGCAGUGUUCUUUUCCUGGAGAAUCUUAUUCUUGACUUUUUGUUUGUGAUUUUUGAUGCAUCAGAGGGUUGUGUGCACGGAGGAAAGAAAGAUGAAGUUCUUCUUAAUGGCCAAAGGUUAGGUGUUUGUUCCCUGGGAAAUGAGUAAAAUUUUGGUGAUAUAGUGACCACACAUGACCUGAAAUCUGCAUUGCUAUUCAGAGGAAACCUUUGUAUUACAGUGAAGUCCAGUGGCACUUUAUUUGUCUGAAUGCUCAGAGGCUGAUGUGACUGGCUGGAUGUCAUAAUAGGCAAGGCUCAGUGAAAGUUGUGUUACUUUCCUGACCAGGAAAGGCAAGGAGGCAAAGAGCGGUUUGGUACAACUUAGCAAUAUGUUGCAAGAUCUUAUUGCAUGAUAAGCCUGUGAGGAUGAAGUAGUGGCAUUGCUAUUCUAAUAUCCAAGAUCUGAGGGAAGUCUUAGGAAGAGGGGUCUCUUAUCUAGAGACAUUUGCAAGUUGGGCUAGUCUAACUGUAAAUCUGUCCAACCUGCUUUAUAUUCUAUGCUAUUCUUCUACUGUUAUGUAACACAGCAAAAUUAAGUGCACAGAACAGCUGAAGUGCUCAUCCCUAAAGAUGUAUGGAUUGUUACAAUAUGCCAUGGAGAUGCAUCUGUUGAGGUGGUAAAAAUAUAUAUUUUUUUCCUUAAAUGUUUAAGAAUGAUUUGCUGUUAACCAAAGUAAUCUUUGAAAGGCAGUCCUGUUGGACUUAGGAGAAUUUUACGGUGGUUCAGUUUUUGAAAGAUGUGUUAGUUUUUAUGAAAAGUAUGUGCUAUGAUACAUUACAAUUGUAAGAUAUCUUGCUAUUUUAAUUAUAGCUCAAUAUUUUCCCACUCCAGAAUUUUAAAGUAGUAUUGGGUAUUUUGGGAGAAAAAUAAAACUUGUUUAACAAAAGAAGAGGAUAUUAAAGAGGUAUUGUUUAAAAUUGAAUGUACAUAAGAUUGUUCGUAUGCAAACAAUUGUGUUUAAUUUAAAUGUUAAAUAUAGUUGUAUAUAUUUUUUACUCAAACAGAGUUUGUACCUUCCUGUCUGCGGUACUGUGCAUGAAUUAGACAAAUGAAAGAAAAAGGAAAGUCUUUGGUAUUCUCCACUAAUUUUAUUUUCAUAGAUGUUAUAUUGCCAACAGCUUUUCCUCCUUUGGUCUUACUAAAGAAAAGAGGUCAAAUUUGUAAUUAAUAAUUGGUGGGGGAAGAGGGAGUUUAAACAGUAGUUUGCACUUUGGACUGAGGCAGGAAAUGUACCUGAUAACAUGAGUAUUAAAAACAUACCAUAAUUCUGGCUAUGAAGAUAUAGCCUUUGUUCUGCAACAUGUUCUUGAAGUUGUGCUACAGCCCUGCAGAGACAUGGUGUUAAAUUCAGUUCUGAAUUAAUUACAUUUGAUUGUUUCUCACUGGUGAUUUAAGUGAGGGCUGGUUUGGACCUCUUUGAUUCUAGAAGAUUAUAGUAUGGUAGACUUGCGCACCUCUGACAUGGCAUCUGUAGUAGGGACAUAGACAAUCACAAUUGCAGUGCAGUUUUGGUCCUGCCCUGAAAAGAGGGCUCAAACUUCCAUGUUUGAGGCACUAUAUUGUCCAGCCCCAAACUGACUGAACAGUUUGAAAUAAGCAAUACUAAUCCAGUUCAAAUAACAUGCCUGACUGGGGAAGGAUGCAACUUGGUGUACACAUUCAUGAAUGUUGAUAUGGAAGAAACCAUAGAAGUACUUGGUAUCUUAGGAUCCUCCUCAGCAUGUUUUCAAAACACUGAAAAACUCAAGUUUCAUUCCUUUGUUCAGUUAGGUUAUCUUGCAGUUUGAUCUAAGAGCAGCGGAAGGAACUUGAUCUAAUUCAACAAAUAGCAUUAAAUCAGCUCAUCUAUGAGAAAUGGAGGAAUUCAUAAGCACUUAGGCAAUGACACUUUUCAAAAUAUUUUGUUGCCUAAAUACAAGCUUAAAAAAUGUCGACAAACAAAAAAAGAAAAACUUAACUAUAUAUUCUCCUCUUCAUGCUCCAGUGUUCUGAUCAUGCUGAGCUGAAGUACUGAAUGUGACCUUUUGUUAGUCAUCAAGGGUAUCCAAGACCUGACUGUCUACAGCAAGAGUUGUCUGACUCUUGUGAACAUGGGAAAUGGACACCUUUCUAGAAAUUACUAGAAGUUUUAUUGUUGUUUCCACUGCAAGUUAGCCUAGAUUACUGAGAAUCGUGAAGUAGUUCUCACUUAAGUCAUGUAUGUUUUCCAAUUAAAAAAGCAAAUAAUGCUGGUGGACUUCUUUGUAUGUUUGUUUUCCUCUCCUCUUGAGUUUUAUGCAUCACUAUUGAUGGGCCUUUGGCUACUGGAGUGUAUGUACACGGAAUAAAUGUAGCAGAAACCCAUAGACAAGCUUUUAUUGCAAAAGCUACAUCCUUGCUACUGUGAAUUUUACUCUGUGCUCUACUAAGUUACCAUGUCAUCUUGAUAUUUUUGUAUGCAAGUAUUGCUUAGUGCUCACUGUAUGCUGCAAACCCUUUUAUGUAGUAUAUGAUAUGUAGGAGUCUUUCUCUGGGAAGAUGGCAUUUUUUUUGGCUUUGGAAGAGAGGUAUUUUUCCUCUUGGAUAAUCUAAUGUAAAAGCUCAAAUAUAUAUUCUCAGUAAUAAUAAGCUAUUUUGAGUUAUGGUAUGAAUUGUAGAUGUUGGAUGUGUGUGUGCCCUUCAUACCUCCUGACUCUCUCCUUCAUCCAUCUCUUGUAAAGUUUUAAUACAACUACUUCACUUAUGGGAAGAGACAGUCCAACAGAGUGACUUAAAAUGUGGCCAUCUCCCUGGGUUUGAAAGCAUGUGGGUGGGGGUGGAAGAAUAAAUGCAGCUGAAAGACUUACGGGAGCAGACUCUAUUCUUACUAGUAUAUGCAAGGGAAAAGAUGAGUAUCAGUGUAGGAAGACCAGCGUGAAAUGGAAGGAACAGUAGAAAGCAUGUGUUUAAGAGCAAGCUUUACUUCUCUAUUAUAAGUACUCUAAUUGAAAUGGUUUGUUUUCCUAUGUGACCUGUUUUCCGUAGUAAAGAAUAAAGAUUAAAACACCUAAUCUUCUCUAUCUUUGUGCAUAAUGCGAAAUAUUAAGAAACUGAUGUUUAGCAAAUAGCAAUGUGGCACAGAUUGUUCAGUACUAUCAUUAUCAUUUUGGAGAAAUGCUUCUGUUAGUUUGGGAGAAUGGUUUAAAAUGCAAUCAAGACUUGUAGCAAUGAGUGUUGUAAUAUUCCUGAAUGGGAUUGUUUUUUUUCUUUGCAGUAAUGGCUCCUGUUAGAAGAUCUGGUAUAUAGAGAACUGUUAAAAACUCAACUUUUGCAAAUAACUCCUUCUGCACUUUAAUCUCAUCUAGAAAUGGUGAAAUCUGUUCUGUACUUAUGUAAUAACUUUCCCUACUCACCACUUAGAACCAUAUUAAUUGAAAAGUGAGAUGAAACAUCUGAAAAGUCUUAACUCCAAAAGACUCUUGGCCCAAGAAAUUAAACUUGUAAGAUUGUGAUCACUUAAGUCUGUACUCUGUGUGAUGAAUAUAGAGGGUGCUCUGUAGUUUUGGAGAAGAAAAAAAAGACACAGUGAGGAGUAAUUGCUAGCUUAAUUUCAGAAAAAAGGUAUGUAACAAGUUAAAAACUGUUGUUAUGCAGAAACUUGGCUUGUCUCUUUGUAAUGAAGAUAAGUAUGUGUAUGUGUGAUAAUAAAAGCUAUGCCUAGGUUCA